GCCCGGAUGGGUUUUUACUCUUCGGUUCUAAAAUACAGCUGCUGUUAGGGCUGGAGAUGCUGCUGCCCAGAGAACAAGAUAUGAAACGAUCCCCUUGGCUGGAUUUCCUUCUUUUCCAAUCUUGCCAACAACUCCAGGAGAAGCUCCCAAGCUGAUUACAGGGUUGGAUAGUCUUCCUUUUGAAUCCACAUUUCUUUCUUGAUUCAGGAUGACGAGCUAACAGAGAUUCAUUACUUUCGUCCUGAAAUAAAUUGAGGAAAUGUAAUCAUUUCUUCGAAAAUAGAUUUUUGGAAAGUCUCGAUUUUGUCUGUCUCUUGGAACAAAACUUAUCAAUUCUGGGGACUGUUAAGUUUUCCCCCAAACUUUUCCUCAACUCCCCUGCAAGCAAGAGUGAACCCUACUCUUGGGGUGCCUUUUGUCUAUGUGUCAGGCAUAGAUGGGAGCUGAAGUCUUUCUCCAGUGGGCAAAAUCACGGGGUCCCACUGCCACCUCUGUCCUGAGGUCUGCACGGCUUUGCUUUAACAACAGUCAUCCCGCAUAACUGAGACAACCCUGAGAUGCCACUGUGAAUGGAUUCCUGUUGCAUGGGAGCUUGGCAGCCCGGGACCAUGACAAUGAGACUCUGAAUAUGCACAGAAGGCAGAAAUCUGAAAGAUGUCUUCCAGUAAUGACCACGUUUUAGUACCGAUGCCCCAGAGAAACACCAAUGGCCUUCCUGGAAUGAACGCCAGUGACAUGAAGACACUUACAGGAGAUGUGUUAAGUUUUCAUCACAUUACCUACCGAGUGAAAGUGAAGAGUGGCUUUUUUGUCCGGAAAACGGUUGAGAAAGAAAUACUCUCGGAUAUCAAUGGGAUCAUGAAACCUGGCCUCAAUGCCAUUUUGGGACCCACAGGCGGAGGCAAGUCUUCGUUAUUAGAUGUCUUAGCAGCAAGGAAAGAUCCACGAGGAUUAUCUGGAGAUGUUCUGAUAAAUGGCGCACCUCAACCUGCCAAUUUCAAAUGUACUUCAGGCUAUGUGGUUCAGGAUGACGUUGUGAUGGGCACCCUGACAGUGAGAGAAAACUUACAGUUCUCAGCAGCCCUUCGGCUUCCAGAGACUAUGAAGAGUCAUGAAAAAAAUGAACGAAUUAACAAGGUCAUUAAAGAGUUGGGUCUGGACAAAGUAGCAGAUUCCAAGGUUGGGACCCAGUUUACUCGUGGUGUCUCUGGAGGAGAAAGGAAGCGGACAAGCAUAGGGAUGGAGCUGAUCACUGACCCUUCCAUCCUCUUCCUGGAUGAGCCCACAACUGGUUUGGACUCAAGCACAGCAAAUGCUGUCCUUUUGCUCCUGAAAAGGAUGUCUAAACAGGGUCGAACAAUCAUCUUCUCCAUUCAUCAGCCUCGGUAUUCCAUCUUUAAGUUGUUCGACAGCCUCACCUUACUGGCCUCAGGGAAACUCAUGUUCCAUGGGCCUGCACAGGAGGCUUUGGAGUACUUUGCAUCCGCAGGUUACCACUGCGAGCCCUACAAUAACCCUGCGGAUUUCUUCCUGGAUGUCAUCAAUGGAGAUUCUUCUGCUGUGGUGUUAAAUAGAGAGGAAGGAGAGCAGGAAGCAAACAAAACUGAAGAACCCUCCAAGAGAGAGAAGCCAAUAAUAGAAACCUUAGCUGAGUUUUAUGCCAACUCCCCCGUCUACAGAGAAACAAAAGCUGACUUAGAUCGACUUCCAGUGGCUCAAAAAAAGAAAGGAAUGUCAGCCUUCAAAGAGUCCACAUAUGUUACCUCCUUCUGUCAUCAGCUCAGAUGGAUUGCCAAGCGUUCAUUCAAAAACUUGCUGGGGAAUCCUCAAGCCUCUAUAGCUCAGAUAAUUGUCACAAUCAUACUGUCACUGGUUAUUGGUGCCAUUUACUUUGACCUGAAAAAUGAUCGCUCUGGAAUCCAGAAUAGAGCUGGGGUGCUGUUUUUCCUGACCACCAACCAGUGUUUCACCAGUGUGUCAGCUGUUGAGCUCUUUGUAGUGGAGAAGAAACUCUUCAUACAUGAAUAUAUCAGUGGAUAUUACAGAGUAUCUUCUUACUUCUUUGGAAAGCUGAUGUCUGAUUUACUGCCCAUGAGGCUUUUACCAAGUGUUAUAUUCACUUGUAUAUUAUACUUCAUGUUGGGAUUGAAAAAGGAGCCAGGGGCUUUUUUCAUCAUGAUGUUCAGCCUUAUGAUGGUGGCUUAUACAGCCAGUUCCAUGGCACUGGCCAUAGCUGCAGGCCAAAGUGUGGUAUCCGUGGCAACACUUCUCAUGACAAUCUCUUUUGUAUUUAUGAUGAUUUUUUCUGGUCUUUUGGUGAAUCUCAAAACCAUUGAGCCUUGGCUGUCCUGGCUUCAGUACUUCAGUAUUCCUCGAUAUGGCUACACAGCUUUGCAGUAUAAUGAAUUCUUGGGACAAGACUUCUGUCCAGGACUUAAUGCAACUGCCAACGAAACCUGUAGUAACAGCUUUGCAAUAUGCACUGGUGAUGAGUACUUGGAAAGUCAGGGAAUCGAGCUGUCACCUUGGGGACUGUGGCAGAAUCAUGUGGCUCUGGCGUGUAUGAUUAUUAUCUUCCUUACAAUUGCCUACGUAAAAUUGCUAUUUCUUAAAAAGUAUUCUUAAGUUCCCCUUUACCCUACUAUUACUUGAAUCCUAUUAAAUGUGGGCAUUUUGAUUGACA